AUGGAAAGAUUUUUUAAGAGAAAGUCAUCAUUGGUUAAUUUGAAUAAUGUGGGUAGUUCAAGAACUUCAAGUUCAAGACAAAGUGAGUUAGAUGAGGUUUUGGCUAAUCUUCAGGCAUACCUUGAACUAAGAAUUCAUAUGAUUGAUCUUUCUUUUCGUGGAAAUGAUGAAAGUGUCACUUCAAGCAAUAGAGGAAAUUACUUGGAGCUAUUGCAAUUCCUUGUAGACAAUGAUGAGAAAGUUAAAGAAUUUGUGUUGGAAAAUACUCCAGGGAAUCUCAAGUUAGUAGUUCCAAAGAUUCAAAAAGAUCUUGUCAAUGCAUGUGCCUUUGAAACACUUGAUGUUAUCAUGAGUGAUUUAAAAGAUAGAUUCUUUUCUAUAUUGGUGGAUGAAGCACUUAAUGUUUCAGUGAAAGAGAAAAUGGCUAUGGUGUUGCAUUAUGUGGACAACAAAGGGCAUGUAAUUGAAAGGUUUGUGGGGGUUCAACAUGUUAUCGACACCACUUCAAGUUCACUAAAGGAUGCUAUUGACACAUUCUUUUCUUCCAAUGGUUUGAGGCUUUUCAAGUUACGAGGACGAGGUUAUGAAUGA